AUGAGAAGCUCUGACCAAAGAAACAGCAUCAUUACAUCAAAGCGGAAUGCAAGAGACAAGGCGCUCGCUUUCGCUGGUCCUUAUUUGGUGAACGAUCAUGACGUCUAUACCAAAGCAACGGCCAGCGAAAUCGUGCAAAGGAUAGCUAAAGGAGAAUGGACCUCUUCUCAAGUCCUAGAGGCAUACAUUGCCCGAUCGGCCAUGGCUCAGGCCGAGACGAACUUUCUAUAUGAAGACGCCCGCAAACAAGCAAAGGAGCUUGACGCAGAAUUUGCGAGCACAAAGGUAUUGCGGGGACCUUUCCAUGGUGUUCCAGUCAGCUUCAAGGAUCAGUACACUAUCGAGGGAUAUGACGCGACCAUUGGGUUCACUGCGUGGGCCAAUAAACCGGGCACAAAAGACGCUUUCGUCGUUACUCAAUUCAGAGCUGCUGGUGCCAUCAUCUUCGUGAAGACUAAUGUACCGCAGACAAUGUUCGCGUUCGAAUGCUCUAAUCCUCUCUGGGGUCGCACGACGAACCCAUGGAACAACAAGUUUACAUCUGGAGGCAGUUCUGGUGGAGAGGGAGCUUUGCUUGCCAUGGAUGGAUCUGCCCUCGGCAUCGGUUCUGAUAUCGGAGGAAGCUUACGCAUUCCGGCAUCGUUUUGCGGCAUAUACUCCAUGAAGCCGUCGGGUGAACGCGUCAGUUCUUUUGGCAUACAAGGCUGCCGGCCUGGAUACGAAGCAAUUCGAUCUUGCCUUGGGCCUUUGGCGCGGUCUGUUGAGGACUGUGAAUUAUUCUGCAAAACUAUCUUUGGUCAAAAGGACCCGGCUCACCAGAAUAUUCCUUUGCCGUACCAACCCGUCGAGCUCUCUUCCAAGCUUCGAUUUGGUUAUUACCUGUCAGAUGGCUUGCUGGAAUCAUCGCCUGCAUGCAAGCGAGCAGUAUUGGAGACAGUCUCAGCACUCAGGAAGCAGGGACACGAAUGCAUCGAGUUUGCUUCUCCUCUGCACACAACUGCGAUGGAGGUGUUCCUCGGACUCGCUUCAUCUGACGGUUAUAAGAAGAUGCUGUCAUAUCUGGAUUCUGACCCUAUGGCAAUCACCUUGGGCCCCAGAUUACCAUCCUUCGUGCGUAAUUUGGCUUGCUGGAUCACCAAGACGUUCUUGGGCGACUCCCUUUUCUCACGUUUCUUCUCGGCGGCACGAGAGAAAUCUGUCUUGGAAUUCACGGAUCUGACCGACGGACGCAAUAAGGUUAAUGCUGCCUGGUAUGAACAAGUGUGGGACAAAUACAAUUUCGACGGGAUCAUCGCACCUGUACAGUCACUUCCAGCGAUACCUCACGGGGGUACCACAUAUCUAGCCCCGCUCGCGGCCGCGACUAUCAUGUUCAACGUCAUUGAUUCUCCCGUCGGCACCAUACCAGUCACGCGCGUGAACCCAGAUACGGACCAGCUACCAGCAGAUUUCGUGGCAGGCGCCUCGGGCCGAUCGAAAAUGCUCGAUUCACGCAUGUACUUGGGCAAGAAUCCCGUUUACGAUCCUAAAGCGAUGGAGGGUAUGCCUAUUGGAGUUCAGAUCGUCGGUAAGAGAUGGGAGGACGAGAAGGUCCUCGCGAUGAUGCAUGUUGUCGACGAGGCACUGGGACCUAGGGGAUUCGGUCCAGGCAAUUGGACACCGAGAAAGACGGAUUGA